AUGGGCGAGCCAAUUCCUCCCAAGCAGAAGAAGUUCAACACUGAGUUGACCGACUACUCUGUCGCCCAUGCCGAAAAGACAGGCCCCUAUGCCGACAAUCUCGAGGUCGAUGCUCUGAUUGUCGGGGCUGGUUUUGCCGGCAUCUUCAUGCUGAAGACGUUGCGCGACCGUGGCCUCAAGGCGGUCAUAUUCGAAGCCGGCAGCGGCACCGGAGGCACAUGGCGGUGGAAUUGCUAUCCAGGCGCCGGUGUCGACUCGGAGGUGCCCGAGUACGAAUUCUCGUGGCCGGAAGUGUGGAAGACGUGGAACUGGAAGACCAACUACCCCGACUACCGGGAUCUGCGGGAGUACUUUGACCACGUCGACAAGAUCGUCGGCAUCAGCAAGGACACAGCCUUCAACACCGUCGUCGUGGGCGGCCAGUUCGACACGGCGCCUGGCCGCUGGAACAUUGAGACGGCCGACGGCCGCGUCACCAAGGCCAAGUACCUGGUGCUGGGUACCGGCUUCGCCGCCCGCCGUCACAUCCCAGCCUGGCCGGGCAUGGACAAUUUCCGCGGCGUGCUGCAUCACUCGUCCUUCUGGCCCGACAACGACCCUGUCCGCGUCCAGAGCAAGCGCUGUGCCGUCAUCGGCACCGGUGCUUCGGGCGUGCAGAUCGUCCAGGCCUGGGGCCCUGUGGCUGAGCAGCUCACCGUCUUCCAACGCACGCCGAACCUGGCCGUGCCCAUGCGCAAGCGUUCGCUGACGGCGGCUGAGCAGGACGCUGCCAAGCACUUCUACCCAGAGCUGUUCCGCUACCGCGAGCACAACUUUGCCGGCUUCCUGUACGACUGGAUCGAGCGCAACUGCGCCGACGACACGCCCGAGCAGCGCGAGCAGGUCUUUGAGGAGGCCUGGGCUGCCGGCGGCUUCCACUUCUGGGUGGCCAUCUACAAGGACAUCUUUACCAACCCGCAGUCGAACCAGGCCGCGUACGACUUCUGGGCCAAGAAGGUCAGGGCUCGCAUCGAAGACCCGCGGCUGCGCGACCUGCUGGCCCCCCUCAAGAUGCCGCACUAUUUCGGAAUCAAGCGGCCCUGCCUCGAGGGCACGUACUUUGAACAGUUCAACCGGCCGUCCGUCGACCUGGUCGACGUGCAGAAGAACCCCAUCAAGGAGUUCACCGAGACCGGCAUCCGCUUGCAGGACGGCACCGUCCACGAGUUCGACGUCAUCGCCGUGGCCACUGGCUUCGACAUUGUCACUGGCGUCAUGACCCAGCUAGGCCUCCGCAACAUCGACGGCGAGCUGCUCAAGGAUCAAUGGUCAAAGGGCGCUGAGUCGUAUCUCGGCACCACUGUCAGCGGCUAUCCCAACAUGUUCCACAUCUAUGGUUUGCACGGGCCAACGCUUCUCAGCAACGGUCCAACCUCGGUCGAGGUACAGGGCCGCUGGAUUGCCGACACCAUCACCAAGGCCGAGGGACUAAAUGCCAAGUAUAUCAACCCCACGGCCGAGGCCACCCGCAAGUGGAAGAAGCACAUUGUGGAAAUCAAUGACAAAACCCUGUUCCCCACCACCAAGUCCACUUACAUGGGAGGCACCGUUCCCGGAAAGCCUUUCGAGCCGGUUUGUUAUGCUGGAGGCAUCCCUGCGUAUGUGAAGGAAAUUCGGGCAGCCUUGGAGAACAUGGAGGGCUUUGAGGUGGUGACGAAGUGA